GGGAAGUCGGGUAGCUACUGGGUCUGUUGCAGUUCUGCUGACAUUCACAAAUUGUCUGAUUUUAAAACUAAUUGUUUCUUCGUUUUAGCUGCCGGCUUCUUUGGUAAGGUGAUGAGUGUCAUUUCAGUCCAGUCUGUGAAAAUGGUGACAGCCAUCGUGUUGCUGAGCGUCUUCUUAGUUUCAGGUGCUUUGGCUGAUUGUCCUGAAGGGUCAGCCCUCUUCAUUACUGCACCAAAGCAGAUGGAAGCACUGAUUGGAUCUUGUCUGCAAAUCCCAUGUAACUUUAGUGGUAACAAUAGCGCUCUACAGACAUUUGACGGUACAAGAACAACCUUCGGAGUUUGGAUUAAAAGUGACAAACAUUUUUCAGACAAGUCACAAAAUGUGAUUUUCAACAGUAGCGGGAUGGAUAAUAUCUAUCCAAUGAGUCUUACUGGAGACCUGAGUCAGAAUAACUGCACCACUUUAUUUUCCAGUUUAAUCACAAGUUACACAGACUGGUACUUCUUCAGAAUUGAGAACAGACCAUUCAGGGCAACAGCUUCUUGUGAUCCUCUUCAAAUAACAGUCAAAGAUUCUCCUCCGAGGCCCAGCAUUGAGAUCUCAGGUGAUCUGAAGGAGAAGCAGUCGGUCACUAUAACCUGUUCAGCUUUCACUCCCUGUCCACACUCCCCUCCUGAACUCACCUGGACUCUCCAACAAGACCCUCACAACAAAAUAGAGGAAAACACAGAUCGAACCUUCACAACUAAAAUCCAGAAGACCUUCACUCUGUCAGACGAACAUGAUGGAUUCAUCAUCACCUGUUCAGCCAGAUAUCCUGUAAAUGAAGGAAAAGACGUCAAGACAGCAGAGGAGAGAACGAAGCUCAAUGUUUCAUAUGCUCCGAAGAACACCUCAGUGUCCAUCAGUCCAUCAGGUUUGGUGUCAGCAGGUAGUCUGGUGAACCUGACCUGCUCCAGCAGAGCCAAUCCUCCCGUCAACUUCACCUGGUUCAAGACCAGCAAAGACGGACCUGUCAGUGUAUCUGAAGGAGAUUUUUACAGCUUCAAGGUGACCUCUGUGACAGAUAUAGAAGAUCAUUACUGUGUGGCCACAAAUGAUCUCGGUAAUCAGAUGUCACCACGGAUUAAUAAUGCAGGUAAAUGUAGAACUGAACUGAAUCUGUUUAAUUUAAUUUAAUCUGCUCUCCUC